CUCGGGGGCCGCGCCUGACGGGGGGGGGGAAGCCACCCUCAGGGGACCGGCUGCGCCCCCACCGCGGGCCGCGGACUGGGGCGCAGAGAGAGAAUCCCGCAUAAUCUGGCCUGGGGGAGGACAGCGUGGAGCCCGCUUUCGGCUCCCUGGCGGGCUGCCCCCACCCUCCACGGCCCCGGGAACAAUGCACCUCCGCGCGUGGGCCGGGAGGCCCCUACCCUGCCCUGCCCUAAGUCCCAGGCAGCGCCUUCUGAGGCCGACUGGCGCCUGCCACCCGCUUUUGCCCAGAGGUCCGAAGCACUAGCGGAGAGAAUGAACCCUUCCCACCUCUGGAGCGCCCGCAGACCCCAGGCCGUUCCGGGAGGGCGUCCCGCGUCCCUCUAGGAGUGUCUUCGCGCCCCUUGCGCACACACAAAGAGGGGACGAUCCCUUUCGGGGACGCCGCUCUCACUCCCAUCCUCCACUCCCCUGGUUCGGGGAUGCCGAGGAAGCCCCGGCUUUCUGGCCCUGUUAACCCACCCCAGUCCCCCGUGGGUCUGGCUGAAGCCUGGGCGGGGACCGGCUCCGGACCCUGCGCUCUCCCGGGUACGACCUUACAUGACACGUCCACCUCUUGUCACCUCGUUAUCCCAUAGUAGCUCCCAUCGGCUACCUCUGGGCAGGCGACGGGUGGGACGUUGCGUCCCAAGUCCGCGCCAGGCUUUGUCUCCAUCUCCGCCGCCCCCUCCUCAGAGCCUCUAUCCAGGGAACCGCCUCGUGUCAGCGCGGUUACGAGGACUGCGCUGCCCCGCAGGUGGGUGCGCGGCGGCCUCGAGGGAGGCUAGGGGCUGAGCCUGGGAGACCCGAGCGGGAGGGCGCUGGGGGGCGAGAAGGAUUUAUUCAAAUCAAACAACUGUUGUAACGCUUUCAAGUAACCCCUCCCAGAAUACCUCGACUGCCCCAAAUACAGCUAAUGCCACCACCACCACGGCAACUGGCGGUGCUCUCCAGUCAACAGCCAGUCUCUUCGUGAUCUCACUCUCCCUUCUACAUCUCUACUGUUAAGAGACUCAGGCCAAGAAACAUCUAAUACUUCCCCAUCUUCUAAACCUAAUCCAAAUGGCGUCUAGACAUCUGGUGUGACAAGGAAAAAAACAGGUCUUCAGUGAAUCUGCUAAUUCCACACCUUAUUUUAUUGACACAGAAAAUGUUGAGGAUCCCAAAUUUGAUUGGUUUGAAGAACAUGUGAAGGGUUUGACUAGAUGAUGAAUGUCUGUUAAAUCUACUGGAGUUUCAUGUACAAGAUGAAGAGACAACAUCCAAGAUUAGUUAAGAGAUGAUUUCUUUAAAUGUGGCUUAAGAAGUAUGGACACCUAAAAUUCCACCUUGAAAAUGAGAAUAGAUUUUAUCUUACCUAGAUACAAAGGAUGGGAUGUAAACAGAAUCCGUUUUCACUUGGCUCAUUAAAUCUUUAUGGCCAUAAAACAGUUAGGUAAUACAAAAAGCUUCCAUGAUUCUAUUUAUAUGUACAUUAGAAGGAACUUCCAGGUGUCACUGUAAAUCCUCAAUGCAUUGUCUCAGCAGUACUAAUUUAAUGCCUAUGUACUCUAGAUAAAGUUUUACAUUGUUAAGCUAUCACUGUUUCUUGGGAACUGAACUCUUUCCUCUGAGGCUUUGGAUUUGACAUUGCAUUUGAUUUUUUUAUAUAGUAAUUGACAUGUGCCAGGGCAGUGAUGGAUUGGAAUCUACCCCGGAUUGAAGCAUAAUGAGUAAAUUUUGCUUACACACUAUCACUUAGUCCUGUUCAACAAGAGUGCCAGAUUCAUUUAGCUAAACUGAUUCCAAAGAGUAGAAGUACAUUGACCUCAACUAAUUUAAGAAUGCUUUGUAUUUCUGCAUAUGCUGAAUACUUUUUACGAUUUAAAAAAUGAUCUGUUUUGAAGGUAAAAUCGACAAAUCUUGAAAUUAAAAAGGCAAAAUAUGUGCCGGAGCCAAAAUUGUAAAUCAAGUAUUUGGGAAGUGAAGAUUGGAAGCUUGCUUACAUUAAAUUCGGAAAAACUUUUAUACUCUUUCUGUAAAUACUUUUUUUUUUAACUCUGAAUCAGAAUAGCCACAUUUGGAACGCUUUCUGUUAGUCAAUAUUUUUAGAUAGGUAGAACCUGGUCCUAAGCCUGAAGUGGGCUUGAUUCUGGAAAGUAAAUCUUUUCACAACUGCCUCGAUGCACAGAAAGCUUUUUAAAAAUAGACACUCUAAGGUCUUUUGUUCGCAUGGUCACACACCGAUGCUUAGAUGUUCCGCUAUCUAAUAUGGCCACAGUAGUCUUGAUAACCAAGGUCCUUUUUUCCCAUCUUUAGGAACCCACACCAGAAAAACUGUAUCCAGCAGAUCUCAAGCUACUGUGUGUGUGAAUGAACAUUCCGUUUUGUUUCAUACCUGAAUGCUGUACAUCUAUUUUGGAUUGUAUAUUGUGUUUGUGUAUUUAUGCUUUGAUUCAUAGUAACUUCUCAUGUUAUGGAAUUGAUUUGCAUUGAACACAAACUGUAAAUAAAAAGAAAUGGCUGAAAAAGCAA